AUGAGGAAGACGAGGUCAUCCACCGGGUAGAGAGAGGAUACAAGUGAAGAAACAGGCUUGAAGUCUAGUUAAUUGAAACUACAUUUAUUGAUAAAUCAAAGUUUAAUAAGGGAUGGUGGUCAGCUGGAACCGCGGCUGGUGCGCUCGCUUUAUGGAUCGGCACCAGUCCGCGCUGAAUUUUGCGCUUCUGGUUGUCGGUUACAUCCUUUACCUCCUAAUCGGCGCCGGGAUCUUCUCCGCCAUCGAGCUGCCCUACGAGCAGGAGCUCCGCCGGGAGCUCCGAGAGGCCCAGCAGGACUUCCUGAGCAACAACCCCUGUGUGUCCGAGGCGCGCCUGGAGGAGCUGCUGGCCCGCGCGCUGGAGGCCAGUAACUAUGGGGUGUCCGUGCUGGGAAACGACACCAACCGAAACUGGGACUUUGUUUCCUCCCUGUUCUUCACCAGCACCGUGCUGACCACUACAGGUUAUGGCCACUCGGUACCUCUCUCAGAUGAAGGGAAGGCCUUCUGUAUCUUCUACUCCAUCUUUGGCAUACCUGUUACCCUCUUCUUCCUCACUGUUGUGGUUCAGAGGAUCAUGGCCGUGGUGACUCGACGUCCCGUGUCUUAUUUCCACCGUCGAUGGGCCAUGUCUAAAUCAAAGCUAGCCGCCAUACAUGCUACCUGCCUUGCCCUCAUCAUUGCCCUGGUCUUCCUCAUCAUCCCUGCAUGGAUCUUUGUCAGCCUGGAGAGCGACUGGGACUUUCUGGAGUCUCUGUAUUUCUGUUUCAUCUCUCUGACAACCAUUGGCCUUGGGGAUUAUGUCCCAGGGGAGACCCAUAGUAAAGAGGCCAUACCACACCCAACUCUCUACAGGCUGGCCAUUACAAUCUACUUGCUGCUAGGCUUGGUGUUCGUCCUGGUGGUGCUGGAGACGUGUUGCGAGCUUCCCCAGAUGAAACGCCUCAGUCAUAGGUUCUACCAAGAGAAAGUGAAGGAGCUGGACUCCGAGACUACCAACAUUAUCAACAGCGACCAGCUGAGCGAAACCUCAGAUCACGUGACGAAUCACCUACCAGUCAUCCCGUCUGUGUCAGAACAGGCUGCCUCCCUACAGCGGGACAACAAGUCAGCACCUUACUCUGCAAUAUCAGUAUCCCCUACUGUGGAUAAUAAACUGAGAUGACAGUCUGGGGAACAAUAUACUGUAUAUAAGGGAAUGGGCUAUAUACUUGUGUUCUAUUUAUGACUGCUCAUGACAUACCAGCUUUGACCUCUAAAUGUGUUAGGAGCCUGAUCACACUUGUGUUUAAAUCUACAUGUAAGCUGGGUCGCUUAAUCACUUAAAGUGGCCUCCUGCCAUUGCCAAUAUCAACAGACAUUUGUGGCGUGAAAGCAGGAACCACCCACAGAAUCAGGAUGCCAUUGUUUUCUUAUUCUCCCCUGUAGCUCCAUUCCCUGCAGAUAAGAGCUAGAUCUGUGACACAGAGGAAGGGCUAGGCUCUCAAACGGAGGGAAACCCCACAUGGUUCCACUUCCUGCCAAUGUCUUGAUGCCUUAAUUCCAAAGUGGCACAAUUUCCUCUAUAGGAUUUCACGCCAGCUUUUAGCAUUUUAUACAGUCGAUGAUGGUAUUUGCAUAUUAAAUGUGCCUUGUUGGAUGUAUUCAAGCAGCACCAAGGGAGUCAGGCGCACCAUCAGUUGGCCUACUGUGCAUUAUGCGCACAUAUUACAUGAUCAUUGAUAUGAAUUGGGUCAAAAAUGAUGUCAAUGUAACACAAUAGACUUCAAAAACACUGCACACUGCAGACCCCAUAAUGACCAUACAGUUGAUUUAACACUGUUUCACCAAAAACGGAGUAUUGUAACCAUUUGAAUGAAGGGAAGAUUAUUAAGCACUGUUAUUUUAUUAGUUUCAGCUAGAUGUAUCUUAUGAUCUGGCAACUGAAUGUAAAUUAUUGAGGGUACAACACUGCAAUGUGAGGACAUUGCCACUAGAGGGCAGCCCUUUCAUUCUAAACACAAAAUAUUUGUUCAAUAUUUAUUGUCACUGGGAAUUAACCUCAUGCUGCCCAGCAGCCCAGAGGAGAGUUUCAUGAAAAAUGUUAUUAUGCAAGAAUGUGUCAUUGUUACAACUGAAGGAGAGGGAGCAUGCUGUAUUUUAUUAUCCAGUGCACUUGCUACUUUGCAAAACAGCUCUCAAAAAGAUAUACCAUGUCUUCCAAAAAUCAUAUUUCUCCUGUUUUCACUA